GUCAGCUUGCUUGCCGGCACGCUGGAUGCAUUCGCCCUGCCGCCGCUGGGAGCCUAGAGCCGGAGGCAAAGGCGGCGGCGGCGGCUCGGCCCCUUUAAGGCUGAGGCUGGCGUAAGGCGAUCCCGCAGUAAGUGCCAGCCUGCCGCCGCAGUAGCAGAAGCCUCCGCCGGAGAAGCCCCGUGUGUGGGUGGGUGUGGAGGGCUCUCCCCGCCGCAGGGACCAGCGAGAAAGGAUGGGAGGGACAAGCGGUCGGUCACGGUAAGCCCUCAGGCUGAAGAAUGAUGGCUGCCUCCAAUAAACUCAUUUUGGGAGUUGGUGUUAGUAGUUUUGCUAUAUUUCAGCUUCUCUUCCAUGUAUUAAGUUCUUGGGUUUCUGCACGUGUAACUUCUGGUUUUAAUAAUCUUGACCAAAAGAAGAAGAUUGAAUGGAAUUCAAGGACAGUAUCAACAUUCCAUGCCUUGGUGGUUGGAGCAUUUUGUUUGUAUAUUUUAUUAUAUGACGAAGCUGUUAAUGCUGACCAUGUUUGGGGUGAUCCUUCUAUAGUGAAACUAAAUCUUGCCAUUACUACAGGCUACCUCAUUUCAGAUUUGUUGCUUAUUAUUUUCUACUGGAAGGCGAUUGGAGAUAUAUUUUUUGUAAUUCACCAUUUAGUAGCACUCUAUGCUUACUACUUUGUACUGGAUAGAGGAUUAUUGGCAUAUUUUGCUAAUUUUCGUCUGCUUGCAGAAUUUUCAACUCCUUUUGUGAACCAGCGGUGGUUUUUUGAAGUGUUGGGGUAUUCCAAGUCUUCAAAAGGCAACAUUAUCAAUGGAGUGCUCAUGACAGUCGUGUUUUUCCUGGCGAGGAUUGCAGUUAUGCCAGUAUAUUAUAGCCACGUUGCUUUUGAGUAUGGAACAGAAGCAUUCCACAGAUUAGGAUUUGCAGCUCAAAGCGCUUGGUUUAUCUCCAGCAUAGUGUUGGAUGUCAUGAACUUAAUGUGGAUGGUCAAAAUUACAAAAGGAUGUUACAAAGUUAUUUGUCUUAUUGGACAAGGAGAAGUCAAAGCUCAUAAGAAUGGGAAAUCUGACUAGAAGACUUAAACACGCUUCUGAACAGCAUUUUUUGAUUCAUCGAAAGUACAAUGCACACUUUUGCCAUAAAAAGUUCCUCUUAAGGAAGGAAGGUAUUACCUCUGUUUAAAUUUAGCCUUUUCCUUGCCCAGCUGCCUGGGCACCCAGGGCCACUUCAUUUAAAGACUUAACAUUUGGUGGAAUGGGAAACAAAGACAUGUUGCAUAUACCUUGGCAGCGGGUUCUGAUUACAAUGAACCUGUGAAGGAACAAACUCUUCUAGCACUAUGUUCCUCAGAAUUUUCACUCAGGUUUCUUAGACUAAUGUGUUUUUUAUGCCUGUGAAUGUCAGGAUCUCUAGUUUACGUUCUGUUAAUAUGACAACUUUUCCUGGCAUGUUACUCUGCUUUCUCAGUGUUUGGUGUUCAUAAUCAAGAUUUCCUUGUUUUGACUUUUUUUUUUAACAUUUUUGCAAGUAUUUUGUUUUGAAUCUGUGAUCUUUUACUGCAUAUUCUGCUGCCUUACAUGCAUGGGUACAACUUUUGAAAUUUAUAGAGCAAUUUUACAAAACCUGAUCUAAAUUAGAAUUUUGGAUUUUUUUUAACGAUUAUAUUCUGCUGUGGAUAAACUGCUGCUCUUUCCAUCUUUUUUAAAUUAUCUAAAUUCCAUCACAUGUUAGCAUGGUACGCUGUAUGGAGAUAAAAGCAAAUUCUUACUUCAGUGUUAUUUCUGUGUCAUGGCUAUUGGGACCAGUGUAUGUUUUUAGUGUAUUGUCAUAUAACCAAGACAUUGUUAUGGUGUGUAACUUACUGAAGGAGAAAAUAGUUAAAAGUUUGGAAUGUAAAUGGGUGUCAGAAUAGCUGCUGAGCUGUUAAGCAAAGCUUAAUGUUUUAUUAAUCACAUUGUUUUCAUUUAGAAAAAUAUGUUAGCAAAAAGAUCCCAUUGACACUAAAUUCUGUUUUUAAAAAAACUUUUAUUUCAUUCUUUCAAACAUUCUAGAGCAGCUGUAAAGCUCAUACAUUAAUUGCUAUCAUAAGAAACAACUAUACUUCAAAGUUGCUCAGCCUUUAACAGAAAUUUGGAAAUCCAUGUUGCUGAUGAAGACUGACUAAAAAGGAAGUAUUUGUAAUGAAAAAUUAUUGGAAAACAUGUUUGCAUUAAUUGUACACAAAUUAUCUUCUACUAUGGCCUUCAGAUUAUUUUUGUGUAUUUAUUCUUGAACUGUUUCUCAAAUAUUCACCUGUAUUUAUGUUUAAAAAUUUUUAAUAUUGUAUGUCAUACUUUGCUGCUAACGUGGUGUUAAUUUUUAUGUUUGUGAUGCAAAUAUGCAGGAACACUAGAGAACAGGCUGUUUUGACAUUUUUAUUUUUGAACAGGCUUCAUGUUUGGUUUGUGUAUUGGCCUAUUGUUACUUUCUUAGCAAACCUUAUCCAAAAGAUUGUUCAUAUGCUGAAACAGAUAAUAGUGUGUGGCUACUGGAUAAUAUAGGCACAAAGUAAGUGUUACUAAAACAUGCAGAUUCUUCUGUUUUUCAGAGCUCUCCAAAUUCUCUAUCUUGGGUUCAGAAGAUAUUUUAAGUAUCCUGUUUUUGUUAUGUCAAUUAAGCUAAUCCCAAUCAUAUUAUUUAAAUCAUGUUUAUCUCUUAAUGGUCUGGCAGAACAAAUAGUGGCUUUUUCAUGUCUGAAAAAUCGGUCAUAUUUCAAAAGCCACUGAAGAGGUUUCGUAUUUCUUUGAACAUGGUGCUUUCUGUAGAGGUCACUCACACUUUCAGCUUUGUGUUAUGAGUUGUUGCUGAUCAGUGGAUGAACCAUCCUUAUAGCUAUUUGUUUACAAAAUAGUCGUUUUCUAUCCUAGAGGUGGGGAUGGGAGGACAUGAAAAGCAAUUCCAAUAUAAAUAUCUGCAUUUUUUUUCCUUGGUGGAAAUGCAGUGAUUGCUAAUGGUCCAUAAUUUUUAUAGUCCAGGCUUGUUGCAUGAUAAAAGAUGGCUGUUUUGUACAAACAAGUACUGGGUGCUGUUUAGGCUUAUUGUUUUGAUUUGCCAUUUCUGAUUUAGCAAAAGUGCCUUGUUACAGGUUCUAACACAUUUGCUGUUUGCAAAUUGGCUGCCUUGAAUUAAUAGCUGAAAUAGAAUUGAAUAUCUAUGUUGGCAUCCUACAUUAAAAUCUUUUAGGAAGU